AGUGAGGGACAUGAGGUUCUAGGGCGCGAGGGAAGCGGCUAGCGGGGGCGAGGGGGCGUGCACGUGAAUAGCCUGGCCGGAUCUCUGGCAUGGCCGAGGCCAGGAAGCGGCGGGAGCUGCUUCCCUUUAUUUACCAUCAUCUGUUGCAAGCAGGCUACGUCCGCGCGGCGCGGGAAGUUAAGGAGCAGAGCGGCCAGAAGAAUUUCCUGACUCAGCCCGUCACCCUUCUGGACAUCUAUACACACUGGCAACAGACCUCAGAGCUCGGCCUGAAGCAGAAGGCAGAGAAUGAUGAGACACUGCAAGCCAAGAAGUCUCGAGUGUCAGACCCUAUUAGCAGCUCAGAGAGCUCGGAGGAGGAGGAAGAGGAGGCAGAAACGGAAACUGCCAAAGCCACCCCAAGACCGACACCUAUCAAUUCCGUAGCUGCAGCUUUGCCAUCAAACAUGAAACAAAAGGCAAAGACCAAGACAGCCAACAAGACGGUGAACUCCGUGCUGCCCCCUGCGUCCGGAAAGACGGCGGUCCAGCUGCUGUCUGGGAAGUCACCCAAGAAGUCAGCAGAGCCCUUGGCAAGCAUUGUCUUGGCCUCAGAAACUGAGGAGGAGGGCAGUGCCCAAGUCCUGGGACCCACUGCCAAGCCUGGAACGGUGUCAGCGGGCCAAGCCAGCAGUUCCAGCGAGGAUACCUCCAGCUCAAGCGAUGAGACAGAUGUGGAGGUGAAACCCUCAGCAAAACCACCACAGGCCAAAGCUCCAGUAACUCCUGCCAAGGAUCCUCCAGCAAGAACAGCCUCAGGCCCUACCAAGCUAGGGAACGUGACACCCGCAUCAGCAAGGGCCGCAGCCACUAAAGCGGCAGAGUCUGAGAGCAGUGAGGAGGACUCAGAGAGUGAGGACGAGGCCCCUGCUGGCCUGCCUAGCCAGGUAACAACCCCUGGAAAAGGUCUUCCUGUCAGAGCUGCCUCAGUUUCUGCCAAGGGGAUGUCUAGGAAAGGGCCCAUCUCAGCAACCCCAGAGAAGACUGGGCCCAUAACCACCCAAGCCAAGACAGGAAGGCCAGAGAAGGAUAUGGAAACCAGCAGUGAGGACGAUUCUGACAGUGAGGAUGAGAUGCCAGUCACUGUGACCACUCCUCAGGCAAGGCCUUCCGGGAAGAGCCCUCAGGUCAGAGGUACCUCUGCCCCUGCCAAGGAGUCAUCCCAGAAAGGGGCUCCUGCAGUCACCCCUGGGAAGACAAGACCUGUGGCAGCCCAGGCCCAGGCAGGGAAGCCAGAGACCAGGAGCAGUGAGGAGUCAGAGAGCGACAGUGGAGAGACACCAGCAGCUGGGACUCUAACUACAAGUCCUGCCAAGGUGAAACCUUUGGGGAAAAGCCCCCAGGUCAGACCUGCCUCCACUGCAAACCUGGGGUCAUCUAGAAAAGGAGCCAACCCACCCUGCCCUGGGAAGGCGGGGUCAGCAGCUCUCAAGGUCCAAACGGGAAAGGAAGAAGAGGACUCAGAGAGCAGCAGCGAGGAGUCGGACAGUGACGGGGCUGUGAACGCAGCCAAGGCAAAGCCCCCAGGGAGAAAAGCCACCCCAGCACUCCCUCGGAAGACGGGGCCUGUGGCUACCCAGGUCAAGACUGACAAGGGCAAAGACCACGCAGAGAGCAGCGAGGAGUCAACGGACAGCGAGGAGGAGGCAGCACCAGCAGCUUCUGCUGCUCAGGCUAAACCAGCUCCGAUAAAGCAGAUGAAAGCGUCCCCUAGGAAAGGCACGGCUGCAUCCACCAUAGGGGCAAGCACCUCAUCCCCUCGUAAGGCAGGAACAAAGACCUCUUCAGCCAGCCUAUCAUCCCUGGCCCUGCCCAAGGGCACCCAGAAGCCAGAUGUGGACUCCUCUAGCGAGUGGGAGUCAGAAGGGGCUGCUCCUGGCACCACCGGGGUACAGGGAAAGUCUGGGGGAAAGGGCCUCCAAGGGAGAGCUGCCUCGGGACAAGGGGUGGCCCCACUGCACGCUCAGAAGACAGGGCCUUCAGGUGCCCAGGUCAAAGCCACAGCUCAGGAAGACUCAGAGAGCAGCGAAGAGGAAUCCAGCAGUGAGGAAGAAGAUGAGACCCCAGCACAGGUCGCGGCCUUGGGGAGACUUCCUCCAGCCAAAGCCAAUCCACCUCCCACUAAGACACCUCUGGCGUCUGCAUCUGGAAAAGCAGCCGCAGUAGUUCCUCCACCCAAGGGAAAACCACCUGCGAGUACUGUUCAGAACAGCACCAUCUCUGCCAGGGGCCAGCGGGCUGUGCCGGCCACGGGAAAAGCAGGGGCCCCAGCAACCCAAGCACAGAAGGGGCCCAUGGCUGGCACAGGGGAGGACUCAGAGAGCAGCAGUGAAGAAGAGUCUGACAGUGAAGAAGAGACUCCAGCCCAGGUCAAGCCUGUGGGGAAGACCUCUCAGGUCAGAGCUGCCUCGGCCCCUGUCAAGGAGUCCCCUAACAAAGGAGCUUAUUCAGGAACCUCCAGGAAGACAGGGCCUCCAGCUACCCAAGCCCAGACAGGGAAGACAGAGGACUCAGAGAGCAGUAGUGAGGAAUCUGACAGUGACAGAGAGAUACCACCAGCCAUCACCCCAGCCCAGGAUGGUAUCUCCCAAUCUACCAGAAGCAAACUCUCAGGUCUGGCACCCCCAGAGAAGAGCACAGAAGAGUCCUCAGAGAGCAGUGAUGAGGAUCUGCCAUCUGGCCAGGCCAUUAAAUCCCCUCCAAUUUCUGUCAACCCUAAUCGUGGUCCAGCUGCCCCAAUUCCAACCCCAGAACAACACCAGGCUGUGAACACAAGGAAGGCCCAGGCCUCAGGCAGCACUGCCCAGAGCUCCUCCUCCGAGAGUGAGGAUGAGGACAUGAUUCCUGCCACACAACCCCCCACCCAUGCCAUCAGAACCAAUGUGACUACGCCCACAGCCCUCUCACAAACAGCCGUCCAACCCAGCAAGAGUGAGCAGUCUAGUCGGAUGCCAAAAGGCAAGAAACCAAAGACAGCGUCCGCUCAGAUCAGCAGUGCCGUGGAAGCACUCCCCGUGACGCCUCCCCAGAGCACGCCUGCCCAGUCCAAAACCACCCACAAGCUGGGGGAGCCCAAACUUGCUGAGAAGCAGCAGCUUACCCCAGGCUACCCCAAAGCCCCCGGGAGCUCAGAGGACAGCAGUGACACCUCUUCAGAGAGCGAGGAGGAUGCCAAGAGACCCCGGAUGUCCAAGUCGUCCCAAAGGCUGGAUCCAGACGCUUCCCAGAAGGAAACUGUGGUAGAGGAGACCCCUACAGAAUCCAGCGACGACGAGAUGGUGGCCCCCUCACAGUCUCUCCUCUCAGGUUAUGUGACUCCCGGCUUAACUGUGGCCAAUUCCCAGCCUUCAAAAGCUACUCCUAGGCCAGACGCCAACCCCUUGGUUUCCUCUGCUCCAGCCACCAAAGAUAACCCAGAUGGCAAGCAGAAAUCAAAAUCCCAAGACUCCACUGCAGACACCACACUCCCUAAAACCGGUAGGAAAGAGGCCUCCUCAGGCUCCACACCUCAGAAGCCCAAGAAGCCCAAGAAGAGCACCUUGAGCUCACCAGCCCCGGCACAGACACUGCCGAACAGCAUCACCCAGCGCCUCCUGGAGCAGCCCUGGCCCCUGAGUGAGGCGCAGGUGCAGGCCUCUGUGAUGAAGGUCCUGACAGAACUGCUGGAGCAGGAAAGGCAGAAGGCCGCCGAGGCCGUCAAGGAGAGUGGGAGGAAGGGCCGGAAGCGGAAGCUAUCAGGGGACCAGGUAGAAGCUGGGGCCCCAAAGAACAAGAAGAAGAAGCAGCAGCUUGCGGCUGGGGCAAGUGCUGGUUCCCCAGAAAAGGCCUCCAGGACUUCCAAGGCAAAAUCAAAGCUGAACAAAGGGAGUGCUGGUGGCAAGGGGAAGGGGUCUCCUGUCCCCCAAGGAGCCAAGGAGAAGCCCGAAGGCAAGCUGGGGAUAAAGCUUGAGAGUGGAGAGCAGAGUGACCCGAAGAGCAAGAAGGAAAAGAAGAAAUCCAGUAAGAAAAAAAAAGACAAGGAAAAAAAGGAAAAGAAAAAAGGAAAAAAGACCUCAGCCAAGGACUCUGCCUCACCGGUCCAGAAGAAGAAAAAGAAGAAGAAGAAGACAGCCGAGCCUGCUGUGUGAGGGCCAGGCAGCGCACAGAACAGAGUCUUGGCAGAGCGUGACCAUCCCCAGGCCUCUGACCUCUGGCCACUGUGAGUUGGGACUGGACUUUUUAAUUUGCCCUUCCUCGGCAGAAGGUGAUGGCUGGCGUUGCUGCUAGCCAAGCCAGUGAGCCUGCAGGGAAGCCGCAGUUCCAGGAGGAAGUGAGACAAGAACACACCCCCUCUGAGUACUACAUGAGAUGUGUACAGUAUAUAUAUUUUUUUAAGUGACUUGCCUCUCCCCGUUCAAAUCAACAUGCGCAGAGGCCUCGGGACCUCCCUCCACAUUAUUCUGCAGACUCAGCAAGGUCCUGUGUGUGGUUCAUCCCAUACCCUGGAUCCCUGACUUAUCCUGAGGCCUUGUUGAUCAGUUUUUCCAACUGUUUUGUUUUUUUAAAAAAGAACUCAAAAUAAAAGACUUUAAAUAUAAA